AUGGUGUCAGCGACGGAUAUUGCGGGGACGGCCCUGCGCCUUGUUCAACGUGCCGCCGAAGAAGGCGACCCUGAGAGCUCCGAUGGCUCCCAAAAGGAGAUUUUCGCUGCAUGGGCGCUUUUUAUCUCCAUCAUGCUUCUCAUCAUCGCUUUUUUGACGAGCUACUUUCUCCAAGAAAGAAAGAUUGAGGCUGUUCAUGAAACAGUCAUCUCCAUCUUUGCAGGAAUGACUGUCGGCCUUCUGUUGCUCGUGACUUCAGGCGAUUCGAUUCGAAACCUCAUCAGCUUCGACUACCAAAUCUUCUUCAACCUACUACUGCCACCGAUUAUCCUAGCUUCGGGUUACGAGCUUCACCAAGCCAAUUUCUUUAGGAACAUGGGCACCAUCUUGACCUUCGCUUUCGCCGGAACGUUCCUUUCGGCGGUUGUGAUUGGCCUCAUCCUCUGGCUCUAUGCCCUGACCGGAGUCGAGUCCAUCAGCAUGUCGUUCGUUGAUGCCAUUUCUGUCGGCGCCACUCUGUCGGCUACCGACCCUGUAACGAUUCUGGCCAUCUUCAACUCGUACAAGGUCGAUCCCAAACUGUACACCAUCAUCUUUGGCGAGUCGAUUCUCAACGACGCCAUUGCUAUCGUUAUCUUUGAGACGGCACAGAAGUAUAAGAAAGGCGAUGCGUCCAAGCUUGGUUUCUUGAGCUUCUUUGAGGGUAUUGGCAUCUUCUUGAUCGUCUUCUUCGGUAGUCUGUUGAUUGGCGUGCUUGUUGGUGUUAUGAUGGCGCUGCUUCUGAAGCUCACUUACAUCCGACGAUACCCCAAGAACGAGAGCUGCCUGGUUGUUUUGAUUGCAUAUGCUACGUACUUUUUCUCUCACGCUAUUCACAUGUCCGGUAAUAUCCUCACCGCCCGCCACUCUUGA